AGAGUCUUUUUUUUAAGGGACUUUUUGAACUUUUGGAUGUUGGCCUGAGAAUCCAACAUUCUAUAGAUCUUUGAAAUGUUCAUUACCCUUGGUAUUCUUGGCCCCCAAGGAAUGCCUCUCAAAGAGUAUGUGUUUUUGAGACAUUGAAAACUUUUUAACAACUCCCAUUGCUCCUUUGGCCCCAGUGGUAAUCAGCCCAGUCCUGCUUUCUGAGCCAAGGCCAAUAGUUUCUCCCUGAAGGUAUUUCCUCUUCCCCUAGGAUCACACUCAUUGCUGUGUAUGCAAGGUAUGGGCAGUGGCUAGGAAACCAAAGCUGUGGGUAAAGGAUCUCCAAGAAGAUGUAAGGUCUGAAGGCUCUCUCUCCUUCUGGGCUGAAGGAAGAUGUAGAAACUGAGACCAAGAGAUUAAGCAACUUACUCAAGGUCAAAUCUCAAGGAAAGAGAAGCCCUGACAUUCAACUGCAGGUCUGUUGGACUCAAAGUGUCUUCCCACCACUUUAUUACACUGAAUCUCUGAAUGGUAUGUUGCAUGUGUCUCUGGAUGGCUUUAAGGUCUCAUAAAUAUAUAUGCCAGCACCAACCUGUCAACCCUCCAGAGACGAGAUUAUUUCAUCGUCACCUGGGAACAUGGUCUGGCCAUGAUGAUGACCAUCACAUGGACCUGGACAACUCGGUUUAGCCCCUGAGCACUAACGGUGACUUUAGGAAUCUAUGCAUGUGAUUCAUUUUCCUUCGGUGUAUAGAAAAGACACCAUGGAAUCAGGGAAUCACACAUGGGUGUCAGAAUUUGUCUUCCUGGGGCUCUCAAAGACAUGGGAGCUCCAGCUUUUCCUGUUUCUGGUAUUUCUGUUUGUCUAUACCACCACUGUUGUGGGAAACCUCCUCAUCAUGGCCACAGUGACCUUUGACUGCCGGCUUCACACCCCCAUGUACUUUCUGCUUCGAAAUCUGGCUGUCAUAGACCUCUGUUUCUCCUCAGUCACUGCCCCAAAGAUGCUGGUGGACUUCCUCUCUGAGAGGAAGACCAUCUCCUACCAGGGCUGCAUGGCCCAGAUCUUCUUCUUCCACUUCCUGGGAGGUGCCAUGGUCUUCUUCCUCUCAGUAAUGGCCUGGGACCGUCUUGUUGCCAUCUCCCGUCCCCUCCACUAUGUCACCAUCAUGAACACUCAGCUCUGUGUGGGGCUGGUGGUGGCUGCCUGGGUAGGGGGCUUCAUCCACUCCAUUACCCAGCUGGCUCUGAUGCUCCCACUGCCUUUCUGUGGCCCCAAUGUCCUGGAUAACUUCUACUGUGAUGUCCCACAGGUUCUGAGACUUGCCUGCACUGACACCUCCACCUUAGAGUUCCUCAUGAUCUGCAACAGUGGGUUGCUGGAUGUCAUCUGGUUCUUUCUCCUCCUGAUCUCCUACUCGGUCAUCCUGGUGAUGCUCAGGUCCCACUCAGGGCAGGCCAGGAGGAAGGCAGCUUCCACCUGCACCACCCACAUUGUUGUGAUGUCUAUGGUCUUCAUUCCAAGCAUUUACCUCUAUGCCCGGCCCUUCACCCCCUUCUCCAUGGACAAAGCUGUGUCCAUCAGCCACACAGUCAUGACCCCCAUGUUCAACCCCAUGAUCUACACCCUGAGGAACCAGGACAUGCAGGCAGCAGUGAAGAGAUUAGGGAGACACAGACUGGUUUUUAAAAGGGAGUGACAGUGGGUAGGUCACUUUGUUUUCCAUUUGUAGAGUGGGCAGAGAACCACUUUAUCUGUUUUCUUUAUUGUGGAUAUGUUGUGAGGGUCAUAGUAGAAGAGAGGGAAUUUUGAAACUAAGCAACUUACUCAGAUUUUUAAGAAAAAGAAAGUCUCUUUGUUUUUGUAUGUGAUGUAUGGUUUGAGCACUCCUAUGAUAAUAAAGUAUAUUCUCAUGGGAACAUUCUGGAAAAUUACUCCCUCCUUUCCACCUUCCUGAUGGAACUUUCCUUCUGUGAUGACAACAUGUCUCCAUAAGGGCAGUUCUGUUUUCUGUGUUUGCUUUUUCCAAUACCCCUUUGGCCCUUGUCCAGAGUGAUAGAGUGUAGAACUUGGAGACUUAGCCCUAAAUUGGGAGCCCUAGUUCCACUACCUACCAAACUUGUGACCUUGGAUGUACCACUUGGCCCCAGUUGAACUCAUGGAUGCUUCCUUACUGAACUGGCAUAAAACAAUAUGUGUCCCUAUAA